AUGACUCCGAGAGUACUCGGCAUCUGCACACUAUUCCAGAGACCAGACUUCUGUCUUGCUUUCUUUUCUUUCUCUCCUGAACAACACUCUCGGUCUCGCUAUCAACAACAACCGAUGGCCAACAACUCUACUGCCCAGCAGCAUCAGGCUGUCGCUGCUCCCGGCCCUCAACCGAUACUUCAGCAAGAAUGGGAUUCUCUCAUCCGUAUCACCCAAACCCCCAGCCACGCAAAGGCAAAAUGGGCGUUGAAGAAGUUGAACAAACACGACAAGGCUGGCCAGAUCCAUGAGGUUUCUGGUGUGCAAGCUUCUAUUGCUUGUACCAGCUGUGCCAACAGUCCGAGGGGUCCCCAGAUCUGCUUCGUUCCUACUGAUACGUCUACAAGAUGUAGAUGUGCUCCUUGCGGGUGGGGCAACAAACCUCCUUGUGGGUUACUGACUAGGGGGGAUUGUUUAGAUGCCCAACGCGCUCCUGCCGGUGUUGCCCCUGCCGUGGCUCCCGCUGCUGCCAAUCCGAUCGUUGUUGCCGGCCCUGCUAUCCCUUCUGUUUCGAACCAGCCUACCACCGCUCCUGUCUUCAAUCAGCAGGUCAGCGCUCCUGUUGCCAACCCACCUGGUAAUGCUCCUGCUCUGGAUCAACCUGGCACUGUUUCCAACUUCACCACUCCCUCCGUUCUUGCUGCUUCCAGUCAGUCUGCCAACCCGCCUAUCGUCAAUCAGGCCGCGGUCGCCCCUGUCAUCCAGCAGGCUCUGACUUCUCUUAUUCCUACCGCAACCACCCCUAUCAUUCAUCCGAUUGUUGUCGCUCCUAUUGUUCACGCCCAGCGUCCCAGUCAACCCCUAUCUUCGGUCCCUCCUGCCCCUUCCAUCUUGAAUGGCAUCCCAUCCACUUGGAUCCCUGUGUCCAAUUGGGCAUACGUUAUCCCACAACCACGCGGAGGCACACUUACCAUCCCUGCUCCCCUUCGUGUUCAGACGUCAUAA